AUGGCCAAGUCAGUAAGAACUGACAUGCUGACUGUCCAUGCUAUGGGGUGGAAUGAACGGAAAGAGAAUGGCCUCCAUAUAGCCUUGUCUUCCAGAUUCAAGAAGACAGUAGAGAAGACUGUGGAUGUAGCUGAGAGCCUGAAGACAAUGCAGGAGCAGUUGCAUUGCUAUCGCAACAAAAGGCGACAGAAAAUAACUCAAAAGAUAGCCCAGGAAAAGAAACGGUUGCUGGAAGACAUCCAGAGAUACAACCAACAGCCUGAUGGUGACCUUGUGGACACAGACUUAGUUGUGCAGAAACUCUCUAACAAAGCUGCAGAGAGCAUGAUCUGGCCUUGGCAGGAACAGAAUACAGACGGUGUGGACAUCCUCACAAAGAAGAAACUCUUUGACCACGUAAUGCUUGCCUCACGACUAAAAGAGGAAAAGCAGAUCCUUGUGAAGGAGAUGCUGCAGCACUGCCAGUACCUCAAGGACUCAGUGGCAAAGGUCCAGACACUGAUGGGCACUGUUUUAGUGAGCACACAGACAGGAAGCUUGCCAAAUGGAUUAACCGAGGAGGGGUCCAAGGGCCUCAUCAGUGCACUAAAGAGGAGACUGCAAGACCUGAGACUCCAACAGCAGACCAUAGCAGGCACCUACAGAUGCACUCUCAAACCAAGUAACAGACUGGUGGAAGAGGAGGACAGGGAAAUGGAGGAAGACAUGGACUGGCAACGUGGCAACAGCUCGGAUGAUGAUGAUAGUGAUGCGGAGCAGGAUUCAGAGAAUUGAACUCAAGUCACUUGGAUUUGAAUCACUCAGUCACAGCUGUAAUCGCCUGAGACCUAACUUGAUAUACUGUGAUGUAUACUAUGUGUUCUCUCCCUUUGAUCUCUACCUGUAAUGGCCCAGGCGAGUCAAUUGCAACAGAGGCUGCCUCCAGAGCAUGACUGCAGCAGAGCACAGAGCAUUAUUUGUAAAUGAGUGGUAGAACAUAACACUUAACUUAUAACAUGGGUGAGUUGGUGACCUAGCUAACGUUUUCGGGUUUUUGUUUUAGAUUCACUGUUAGGUAAGGGAGCGCGCUGGCUCCGCCUUCCCAUUGCGGGGAGGGCCAGCGGCUACCAGGUUUUGGUUUUAUUUUCACUAACUCAGUCUUGUUUUUCUGUUCAAUAAACUUUCAUAUUAUUUUUUACAUA